AUGCAGGGCCCCAGCCCGGCCACCGCCGCCGCCGCCGCCACACUAUUGGCGCUCUCCCUGCUCGCUCCCCCUGUCGCUGCCGCAAACAGCAAGCUGUGGGGCCGUGGCGGCAGCCUGUGGACGCCCGCCGGGAGGCUGAUGGACUUCAGCUUUGCCGGCUAUCACCAGGGCAACGACCCCCUCCCCGACCCUCCCGUCACCAAGUCUGUGCUUGACUUCAAGCGCAGGGGCAUGAGCGACACAGCCAUGCUGCAGGCAGCCCUCUCUUGGGCCAAUAAGCAGCGGCCGGCAACGGGCUACACCGUGCUGCUCAUCCCCAAGGGCACCUACACCCUGACCGAGAAGCUGAUCAUCAAGAGCUCCCGGGUGGUGCUGCGCGGCGAGGGGCCCGGCAAGACGGUGCUCAACAUCCCCAAGAGUCUGACUGAUGUGUACGGCCCUGACCCCUACUCUGAGAGCGGCGGAUACGUGAAUUGGGGCGGCUUCCUCACAAUCAAGGGUCGGGGCAGCAAGGGGCGCGUCGCGGCGGUGGCCACCGGCGCCGCCAGCCGCGGCGACGUCGUCAUCACGGUCAACAGCGCGCGUGGCCUCAAGAAGGGCCAAUACUACGACCUGUGGUUCACUGACGUGGGGGGCCGCUUCAACAGCAUACAGCUGGGGGCCAACAUGCAGGCCCCUGAGAAGUACAUCGGAAAGGCGUUGUCGCGGUUCACAGUCAAGGUCUUGAAGAUCCGAGGCAACAAGGUCACGCUGGAGCGCCCGCUGCCCUUCCCCAUCGCUGCGGGCGUCAACAAGGUGGCCCUGCACCAGCCGGCCCCCACCGUGACCGAGAGCGGGGUGGAGGGCAUGACGCUGGCCAUGAAGUGGGAGCUCUAUGCGGGGCACCACCUGGGCGCUUAUCCCUGGGGCGGCCAGGCGGGCACGCCCACGCUGGCCCACAGCCCGUUGUCUGAGGCUGUGCCUGGCCGGCUGCAGGAGCGCGGCUGGAACGGCGUGGAGCUGAUGAGCGUGCGGGACUGCUGGGUCCGCGACAUCGAGAUCAUCAACCCUGAUUCGGGAGUGGUGGUCAACUGGAUGGCUUCCGCCUCUACCGUCACCGGCAUCCGCAUCUCUUACACCAAGACCCGCGCCAACUCCAUCCCCAAUCGCUUCAACGAGGACGCCCGCACCGACGGGCACUGGGGGAUGAUGUACGGAGGCUACUGCUACGACAUGCUCUUCACCGACUUCCACUUUGUGGGCAAGUUCCAGCACGACGUAGGCACCGCAAUGGCGGGGCAGUUUGGAGUGUGA